AUGAGUGAAAGUGCUGCUGUUGGAAUAGAUCUGGGCACUACCUGCUCUAGUAUUGCCUAUCUAAAAAAAAAUGGGGUCACAAUCAUUGCAAACAACAAUCAGAGCUACUAUACACCAUCCACAGUUUAUUUUGGUGACGAUGAAAUCAGGGUUGGAGAAGAAAUCAAAGACAUUCAUGACUUCACUCCUCAUAAAUUGAUUUUCAACGCUAAACGACUGAUUGGUCGUAAAUUUGAUGAUUUCGAAACACGGAGAUUUCGUGAAUCAUUGGCAAACACUUAUAAUAUUGUUAAUUAUAACAACAGACCUGGAAUCCAAGUUCCAUUAAACAAUAAACAACUAAAACUUGAACCUGAAGUUAUUUCUUGUUUAGUUCUUAAAGAACUGAGACGCCUGGGGUCUAAUCAUCUGGGAAAAGAUGUCACUAAAGCUGUGAUUACAGUCCCAGCAUACUUUAACGAUUCACAACGCCAGGGAACUAUUGACGCUGCACGGCUAGCAGGGCUGGAAGUAUUGCGAAUCAUUAACGAACCCACUGCUGCUGCAAUUGCAUAUGCAGAUGGAAAUUUGGGAGAUUCAGAUGAAAAAGUUAAUUUAUUGGUAUUUGAUUUAGGUGGUGGAACAUUUGAUGUUACAAUAUUGUCAGUUGAACGAAAUAAAUACCAAGUAUUAGCCACAGGUGGAAACACAUUUUUGGGAGGUGAGGAUUUCGAUAAUCGAUUAGUUAAUCAUUUUAUCACUCAAUUGAGAAAUGAAAACAACUUUAAUUUUGCAUCCAUAGAUGAUGAAACCACGUUUGUCUUACGUUUACGGAUAGUUGCAAAACUAUUAAAAGUUCAGUUGACUACUCGACAGGAAGCAACUAAUAUUUUGGAAAGAGGUCCGAAAGGUAAAUCAGUUCGAUUAAGUAUUACCCGAGCACAAUAUGAAAACUUAUGCCGCGAUCUAUUUCAAUUAACAUUGGAUACUGUCGACCAAGUUUUGAAAGAUUCCGGGCUCGGUAAAAAUUCUGAAAUAAACCAUGUUGUUCUUGCUGGGGGGUCCAGUCGCACACCAUACAUAAAAACCCUAUUGGAAAACAGAUUUCCAGGGUCUGUAAAUCAAGAUAUUAAUCCUGAAGAAGCAGUAGUAACAGGAGCUGCUCUUUUGGCAGCACGCCUAGGGAAUUUACGUACAGCACAAAGAAAACCCAAUUUUGAGCUAAUUGACGUAACACCCUUGUCGCUAGGAUUCGAAGAUGCUCAAGAUGAAAUGCAUAGAGUGAUUGGUCGAAAUUCAGCUCUACCUGCUAAUGGCAAAGCGCUAGUAGCUACUUCCCAUAAUAAUCAAACUGUUGUUGAUUUUCCUAUAUAUCAGGGAGAAGAUUCAAUUGCACGCAAUAAUCAUCUUCUUCAAAAUUUUAGAGUUGAGGGAAUUCCCCCUCGACCUGUUGGUUCGGUUCGUAUCACUAUUACUUUUGACAUUGAUUUGAAUGGGGUUUUACAUGUAAGAGCUCAUGAUUUACAAAAUAAUUGGCAACAUGAGUUAAGAAUAGCACCAUGGAAUCAAACCUAUUCAAUUGAGGCCAAUGGUGAAAAUAGAAAUAGGUUAAGAUAUUUAGGCCUUGUUGAUUAA